GUGUAAACGAUGAUGUGGGACUGCCAAGCUUUGAUUCACACUCGGUGGAAUAGGAGGUCCUUGAAACAGUGAAAUCAACCCGGUAAGCCAUGAAUGUAGACCUGCUAUACAGAGAAAUGGUGGGUUUUCUCUGCCUUCUCCUCUCUCUGACUGAUUUACAAGUGGAGGGUUUCAGUGGGGGAGGAUCUUCCAUUGCUUCUCAGUGUGGCUCAAUGCUACCUGGUAGUUUUCAUGGCAGCACAGGGCAGAGCUCUUCAUCACCAUACACUGUCACUGUCAACCAGACCACCUACCAGCCAGGAGACACCAUCCAAGUGACUCUGUCAGGAACCUUCACCUAUAAGGGGUUUCUUCUGGAGGCCCAUGAGGAAGGACAGAACACAGCUGUGGGAACGUUCUCUCUCGGCAGUGGGACUGGGAUCGUUCUUGUGCCUUGCAAUAAGAUCGCAGCCUCUGGGGUGAGUCAAAGCAACAAUCAGCCUAAAUCAUCAGUAACAGUCACCUGGACAGCACCAGCCUCAGCCUCCUUGGGCAACAUCGUAGUCAAGUCAACAUUUAUGCAGACUUCAUAGUGUAUUUUGGAUUGCAGUGCCAAGAGAGACAGUAAAGCCUCAGUUGUCACCACUACAGGAACUCAAACUACACCAACUCUUGCUCCUACUACAACAACUACAGCUCCUACUACAACAACUACAGCUCCCACUACAACAACUACAGCUCCUAAUACAACAACUACAGCUCCUGAUACAACAACUACAGCUCCUAAUACAACAACUACAGCUCCUAAUACAACAACUACAGCUCCUACUAC